UUUUUGUACAUCCGGGUAUGUUCGAACCUUUCACGAGCAACGAAGAAUGGAGAGAGAGCCGCUAAAGACACUCCGCUGUUAGCGUGAAACACAUCAGCCAACACAACAAGUAACACCGAGUAAAACCUGCACGUUAAGCUCCGGGGCAGUCGUGACAAACCAAAGCCGUGUCCUGGUCGUCUGGAUUGUGUCACAGCGAAGGUCUUCCACCUUCUCCUUCCCGGGACAGAUGUUGAGGCCAGAGAUCAGCCUGUCCAACAACUGUUAGAGGCGACCGGGUGAGGACGGGGAGGAGUGCCGGUUUUACUCCGCCGGCUUUUGUCUCAUGAGAGUGACCGUGCCAUCCAGGCACUGCCAGUAACCAGGGCUGUGGCUGUGGUGGGCCCGGCCCAGGAGGCCUUUUUGUACAUCACUCCAGGCUCCCGCUGACCUGUGCUGCUCACACCAUGGAUCAACCGAGAGAUAAAUAUGGCGAGCGGCCCGCCAGGACCACUAAAGUUUCCCAGGGAAGCCGCAGCGGACACUCGUCCCGACCAUCUGGCUCCUCCAGCUCCUCCGGGGUUCUCAUGGUGGGGCCAAACUUUCGUGUGGGCAAGAAGAUCGGCUGUGGAAACUUUGGUGAAUUGAAGCUCGGUAAAAAUCUCUACACCAACGAGUAUGUAGCUAUUAAACUGGAACCAGUGAAGUCGAGGGCACCACAGCUGCAUUUAGAGUACCGGUUCUACAAAACACUGGGAACCACAGCUGAAGGCGUGCCCCAAGUGUUUUACUUUGGGCCAUGUGGGAAAUACAAUGCUAUGGUUCUGGAGCUGCUAGGCCCGAGUCUAGAGGACCUCUUUGACCUUUGUGACAGGACCUUUUCACUGAAGACCGUCUUAAUGAUAGCGAUUCAGCUGAUUUCUCGAAUGGAGUAUGUGCACUCUAAAAACCUCAUCUAUAGAGACGUGAAACCUGAAAACUUUCUCAUCGGACGGCAAGGGAAUAAAAAGGAACACAUCAUCCACAUCAUUGACUUUGGUUUGGCCAAAGAGUACAUCGACCCCGAGACCAAAAAACACAUUCCAUACAGGGAGCAUAAGAGCUUGACUGGCACUGCCCGAUAUAUGUCCAUCAAUACACAUCUAGGCAAAGAGCAAAGCCGGCGAGAUGACCUGGAGGCCUUAGGCCACAUGUUCAUGUAUUUCCUUCGUGGGAGUCUACCAUGGCAAGGUCUAAAGGCCGACACGUUGAAAGAACGAUACCAGAAGAUUGGAGACACAAAACGAAACACUCCCAUCGAGGUCCUUUGUGAGAACUUCCCAGAGGAGAUGGCCACCUACCUGCGAUAUGUGAGACGGUUGGACUUCUUUGAAAAGCCAGACUAUGAAUAUCUGCGGACUCUGUUCACUGAACUGUUUGAGCGAAAAGGAUACACCUUCGACUACACUUACGACUGGGUUGGCAGGCAGAUACCCACACCAGUGGGGUCUGUCCAUAUAGACUCUGGAGCGUUAGCUGUGCCGAGAGAGAGCCAUCCUCACAGAGACCGGCCCUCACAGCACCCACCAAUCAGAAAUCAGACAGCGGUCUCAGAUCGACGAGGAGCAUGGGAGGUACAGCCCACACGCCAAGCAAACUCCUCCUAUCUGACCUCCCACCUGGCAGCGGACAGGCACGGGGGCUCAGUGCAGGUGGUCAGCUCGACCAACGGGGAGCUGAAUGCAGACGAUCCACUGGCUGUUCAUUCCAACGCUCCCAUUACAGCUCAGGCAGAGGUGGAAGUGGUCGACGAGGCCAACUGCGUGAAAAUGCUCAACCUGUGGUGCUGCUGUUUCUUCAAGCGAAAACGGAAGAAGAACACGCCGAGGCACAAAUGAUCCUCCGCCACCGGCCCCAAACGCGUCCGGCUCAGUUGAUUGUGAUUUCAGAAAUCAAUAAGGUCCUAUUCGGGAGACAACUGAAAGAUCUUGAUUGAAUUGCUCUCUGGAGGGACCCGUUAAAAAUGGUUUGUUGAGAUGUGCAAGACGCUUGUGUCUUUUGAUGAGUCCUUUUUUCUUUUUCUUUCUUUUUUUUUUUUCUUUUUUUCUCCCGCCUCCAAGAUGUGCGGAAAUGUUUUGCAGGCCAGUCGUCCGAGCGGGCAACCUUUUUGUUGGAAUUUUGCCGAGGAUAAUCUUUUUGUUUUUCCUCCCCAAGACACAGCAUUUGUAUCUUUUUUCCUCUGGUUUUUGGCAUAUCUUCUGCUCCUGUUUCUCUUCGUUGGUAUUGCAAAAAGGAAGAGACAGAUCUUCCCGUGGAAGCUCGCCACCGUCGGCCUGUUUGCAUACUAUGAUUUCUUUGUUUGACUCUCAAAAUCAUGUUUUCGUUUCCCCCCCCUGUCAAGCCCCGGUUCAAAGCGGUUUGCCUGUCGUUGGCGUGCGAACUCAUUUUGACACAAAGCCCUUUUGGUCUUUCCUGGCGUGGGACUGAAUGUAAACCUGAACACACGAGGAGCCCAGAGUGUCACUGCCCAUCACCAGGCACAAAGAGCAUCAGUCUGCCAUUUGGCCCCUGCACUUUUUUUCCUCCAAAGAGGUCAACCCUGGCACUGGGACCCGGGGCCUGAGAGAACAGAAGACCAGAGACGCCUCCUGCACUGUGUUUCUGCUCACGCUGCUUGGUUAAAGCACUCCCCUUAACCACGCCGCCGUCAAACACACACACUACAGUCUCGUUUGCAGUUCUGCUCCUGACGGCUUUGUGAUAAUGAGCAGCGACCUGACACUUGUACAUGGGGCUGGAAAAAAACAAACAUGCUAUUUAUGCUAUUUAUGUCUUGGUUGCCACCAGUUUUCUUACUUAUUCUAAAACAUACACACUGAAUGUAUGGACAGAAAUCUAAAUUACUUUGGAGCAUUUCUAUAAUCUGUCAUGCGCAUGGGAAGGAAAUUGCAGUUUAGGAGUUAAGACCAAUGUUUAAAAACGGGAAGAAAAAAAAAAGUGAGACCAAAACUAAGUGGAUUAAAAAUGUGGGAGGGUCUUAAAUGUUCUUAAUAAUGUGAUGCUUAAUAAUGAACUCUUCACCAGUAGACACUGGGGGAUGUUGCUUUGGAGUGACCAGAGAAUGGAAUCGCAGCCUCUCGACGCUACUGUCCGAUGCCUUAACCCCGACCAACCGACCUGUCGACCAUCACAUCACAUGAACGAGUUGACAGCAUGAUGGUUGUUGGUUUUUUUUUUUGGGGUCACCUGUAGGAUAAAGCCCAAAGUUGCAGACUGUUCCCCAGCUAGUAUCAGAGCAGUUAAUGACUUCCCUUGUAACGCUGAGGAUUUACUCCGAAGAGAGAGCAACGCCAAACGAGGAGGUGUGGUGUAAAGAUGUGUAAUGGUGUUGGGACGUCUCUGCCCCUGCGUGUCCAGUCUGAAGACCCCUGUGCUGCAAAGCGACGUUUGAAGUUUGGACGACUCGGUUCCUCUCCUCGACGCCGAGAGAGAAACGACAGCGUGAGCGGAGGCGGAUAAGUGAACAUGUCCAUACCAUUUUUGUUUUUAUUUCGUGUCAUGGAGGACUGCCUUGAAACAAUAUCCUCGAUAUGUCACCUUGCCUAUCCUCCUAACAGAGAAUUACCGUACAUAGGUGUUUUAUUUUUUUAUGUUAUAUCUUGCUGAUGUGAAUUUCUUUGAAUGCAAUUUUCUUUUGUUUUUUUUCCAUUCCAAAUAGCCAUGGUUUUAUGGGGAAAGAGAGGGUAACAAAAAAAGCUUGAGACCAUGACUGCACUACAUUUGUUGACCCCGGCUUUCCCUGACGAGACCCUGCCUUCUUAAUACUGUACUUUAAUCGUGCUUAUUACUUUAAUUGUAGCUGCCUCAUGCGCUAGGCCUUCCCUAUAGGGUGCAGGGAAUACACUUUAAAUCGACUUUAAUCCCCGCCCACUCCGUCUUGAUUUUUUUUUGGUGCCAUUACAUCCUCCCCCCACCCUUCCCUUUUCCACUCUCUGCACAUACACACAUGCACGCACUCACGCGCGCACACAACACACACACACACACACACACACACACGCACGUGUCAGUCCUAGGUGAAUCAACUCAGCGCAGUGUUAGUGUUGUGGACCUUCUCCAUCAUCUUUAGAAAUACAAUGUUGUAGAUGUUGCAAACUCAAUGAAUCCGUAUGUAAACCUGCUUGUUGCGUGUAUUUACACUGUAUAGCGUUCGGUUUAUUCUUACCCCUGACACGUCAGUUACUCCGGGGUCUAAGUUAUUGUGUUAUUGAAAGUACUUGAACAUGAAAAUCUACGGGACCUUUUCUGUUUUUUUUUGUUUUGUUUCUUGGUCAUUAUCGUAGUAAGUCCACACAUAGGAUUUGAGGGGGAAUGGCGGGAGAACAGGCUAUUUGAAUGACGGGUAUUCAUUUCUUUGAGACGUCUUAGUGCCUCUUGUGUGUUGGACAGGUGUCUGACUCGCCUGUGGAGUCCUGUGCUAGCUGGUGUUAGUGUUGGGUUCAUGUUUUCACCCAGAAGGAGGUGCAGUGAGAUGUUGGUUGAGAGGUUGGAGUCAUGCUUUAGUCUCUGUGAAACGUUCGCCGUGAUGUAUUUUGAUCUGUGGUCGGUGAGCUGUUCAGACACCAAACAUCUGCUGCCUGUGAUUCUCCCCACAGAGCAUCAGCGACACCCGGACUGUUUUCAUUCCAGCUUCUUGAGAAAAGUUGAAAGUAUUUUAAUGUGUAGUGAGAUGGAUAUCCAGACUAUUUAGCCUUCAACGUUCCCAGAGUGCCAUUCCUGAGACUACUACUAGCCCAUGCCUUGUACCUGUGCCAGCAAAAUAUGAACUUGAAUGUGUUUUUGACCAUCGCAUUCCACCGUGUGUCCUUGACGUGUCCACUGUCAUUUUGGAUACAUUGCAAAGCAACGUGGCCCAAUUCAGUACCAGGAAGUGUUGUCAGGAGAGAGGGGGGUUUAUGAGUCGCUUCUGUUGGUUUCUUUCUAUUAUUGUUGAAACCAGUAUCCAGUUAUCAACCAAGUUCUAUUAUUUCACAGUUGGAUUUGUGGCUGGUUGUCUUUGCAACAUCUGCUUCUUCCUUAAAGUGUGGGUCGUCCGGCUGAAACGGUAGAUAUAGAUAUAUUACUCUGAUGUAUUUACUUUUUACUCUCUGGGCCUCACGCAGAGGGAUAUAUAGGAGUACUCUGUGUGGUUUGUAUCUGCAUGGCUUACCCGGAGACGACAGCGAGCGGCCUCUCUCUCCCUCUCUUUCGCUCACCUGUGGGGCUCGCGUACUGUUUGGUCAGUGAGACGUCACAGCUUCCAGUCCUCGUGUAAAACCAACGUCUUCUCGCAGCACAUUCCAUUUCAGUUCCCAUCAUUUCUGAUGCGCUUCAGUCAGACUUGUGUUCAUGGCUUCGGUUGUGUGUAACGUCACAUUCCUGUGUGUCAAAGCGAAGGACAGUUGAAGUGUGAAUGAAUGGCUUUAGGUCUUUCUGGGUUCUCUGGCACUUUUCCCUUGUUGCUGUACUGUAGAGUCGUCUUGGAUUUACUGUAUUGUUUUCUUUGAGGGAGAGGUUUAGGGUGACAUUUACUGCAAUAUUGUGAUGAUUAUUUGUAAAUUGUACAGAGUUCACAAUUGUACUCUUUGUUCUUUCUGUUGGGAUUCCAUAUAAAAUAUGUAUUCUUUGAUAUAUUUUUUAUUUUUUUCCCUCUCAGACUGGAAAUUCAAAUUGUACAGCUCCAAGAGUUUAUCCUCCCCUCAGCAUUGUUUUUGUUUUGUUUUCAGAGCUAUGAUUAAGAGAAAUCUUAAAACUGUAAAUAUAUAUUAUUGUGUUGAAAUAUGAAUGUCACUUCAGAAAUGUAUUUGAAUGAGUUAGUCAAGAAUGAAGGACCCAAAUUUCUUCAUUUUAUCGUUUCAUAUUUUUAAUUUCCAGAAAGAUAAAGGUCCUUUUUUAUCUGAAA